CUGUCCGCACUAGAAACGCCCCCUUAAAGUUUGCGUUCAUUUAAGGGGAAAGAGAAGUGGUUGUUUUCGCCAACCAAUAGCCGUGUUUUGGGCUUUCAGAAUGAACUCUUCUAUCUGACCACACAGCUGUCGAAUAACGUGUGUUUAGGUGGCAAGCAGGAGAUACGCUGUGGAUGAAGCAUGGAUGGAAUCAGCUGGAGCACAACAAAGGCCCGGGGGUCAUUCGCCAGCAACAAGGCUCCAGCAGUAACAAAGUGAAGGCUUGUUCGCUCAUUGUGUUUGUGAAGAAUGUGGCCUAAGCUUCAAUGAUGCCACAGAACUGCUGAUCCACCAGGAAGUUCACCUUCCCUUGGUUCGUCUCUGCAGCUACACAAGUGCAUCAGACUUUAUUUCCAUGUUCAACCGCCUGUGAAGCCACAGUCGCCCCAUGGCCAUCCUUCCCUUGUAGACGCUAACCUACAGGCAUGUUGGAAAUGUUUUCGCCAUACUCAGGCACUGAUGCAUUAGCAUCACUUCAAUUAGCCAUCUCGUUCAGGUAUAUUGGAUGCUAGCCUAUUAGUCCUUUCACCACCAGUUUGUGAGGCUAACAUGAAGCACUUUGUCUCAGGACCCGGGAUACCUAAUCUUGUGUGUCAGAUCUGUUCUAGAACCUUCCACACACAGGUAGGGGUGCAACGCCAUAUGAAGUACAGUCACGGAAAGGAGCUGUUGAAGGCCCAAAGGGGAAGGAGUCUUGCUACAAAUCAGCUAAUCAAGUCCAAAAAACAGACAGUGGGCGGUGCUUCCAGCGGCAUGGUUUUUAGGCACAACUCCAAGCUGUGUAUGCACCGCAAAGAGAAGCAAAGCAUAAAAUCGCACACAAAGAGAAAAUUUGUCAGUGAGAGCCAGCCUGUGGCGGACAAGCGCAGACAAAAAAAUGUGUACCCAUGCCGAAACUGUGGCAAGCUCUUUCUACAUCAUCUCUCUCUGAAUGCACACAACACUGGACCUUCAUGUCUCGGUGCAUUCAAAAAAGGUAAAGUCACAGGAAAUGCCACCAAAGAGCCCCAGUCACCAGAGCACAGACCAAAUGAGAAAGUAAAGACCAGCCUUGCACAGGGCAAGACCGUCCGGGCUGGCCCAGGGAGGCCUAUGAAAGAAGAAGAGGAGGACAAGGUGGAUGCGGAGGGAGAAUUCCCCUGCCCCUCGUGUACGGAGGUUUUUUCCCUGCAGUCCCAGCUGAGGGAGCACAUGGAGCUCCACGACUCCUCCGAGGUGAGCAGAGAAUGUAGCGUUUGCACAGAAGAGAUGCACACUUUCAAGUGGCCAGCUUCGAAAAGGCAGAGGUUCUACCACUGUGUUCCCUGUCAGGAGGGCUUCUCCACACUGGAUUCCUUCUUGGAACACUGUCAGAAGCACCUGGAAACCAGGGAAGAGGAGGAGGACUAGCAUGGGCAGCAAAGUCUAAUUUGCCUAGCUCACCAAAACGACACAUUUUGGGUGUCAGCAAGUGGAAAAUCGUGUUAUUUCUUACACUUGAACUGUAAGAUUAGACAUCUGACACAUAUAGGGUAAUACAAAUUAGGGUUUCAACAUGUCCCCUUGCAUCUUUCGAUAGUCCUACCCAAAUACAUGCCUUUUUAUGAACUCAUUGGUAACUUUGUACAAGUGUGGUUGGCCACUUCGAAUUUUGAUGUGAGUUUUUCUUUAUUUUUCUGCUGUUUUUUUAAACAAAAUCUGCUGUGAAAUGUUUUUCUACACUUUUGAAACUUCCAUUUGAUUUUCUAAAGUGAUUUAUACAUAUUUGAGUUGUUCAAAGGAGGCAUAAUUAAACAGCCUGAAAAGA